AUGCAGGAACUUAUGCUUGGAGGAGCAGACAAUCCAUCCAAUGCAGUUGAGUGUGCACUUGCAGAAAUGAUAAAUCAGCCAUAUAAACUUCAGCAAGCUACUGAAGAAGUAGACAAGGUUGUAGGUAAGCAAAGGAUGGUGCAAGAAUCAGAUAUUCCAAAGCUCAAUUAUGUAAAAGCUUGUCUGAGAGAAGCUUUUCGCCUUCAUCCUGUUGUGCCUUUUAAUCCACCUCAUGUCUCAACCAUUGACACAAUGGUGGCAAACUAUUUUAUUCCAAAGGGUAGCCAUGUACUUCUAAGCAGACAUGAACUUGGACGAAAUCCUAAAGUGUGGAGUGAACCUCACAAGUUCAAACCUGAACGCCACCAAAAGAAUGAUGGAUCUGUGGUUGUCUUGUCAGAGCCAGAUUUAAAGUUCAUAUCAUUUGGCACAGGAAGGCGAGGUUGUCCUGCAGUCGUACUUGGCUCCACAAUGGCAGUGAUGUUAUUGGGUAGGUUGAUCCAUGCCUUUUCUUGGACUGCACCUCCAAAUGUAUCAAGUAUCAACCUUAAGUCUAAUAAUGGUGGUAUGCUUGAUGAACCACUUGUGUUAGAAGCCAAACCAAGAUUAGCACCAGAGUUGUAUUACAUAUAA